GGUUUGAUUUGAAAUCUGACCAAUUUACGAAAAAACAUUUACUAAUGUUAAUUAUGUCUUUUUUGGUGUAGUUUGAUAUAGUAAGCUCUAAAAUACGAUAAGGAUAAAUUCAAAGAAGAUCUGUAUAAUACUGAAUAUAUCUUAAUUUUUGGUAUUCUUUAAGUUUGCACUACUAGAUUUAUUUUUCUGGUAAACAAAAAAAAAUACCAUUUCUAAACAAUGAGUCACUUGUGUGUGUAAAGCUAAUUCUUGAAUUACUAAAUUGAUUUUGAAUGUGAUUUUUCGUUUGUCUCAAAAAUGGCUGAUUUAAUUCGAGCUAUGGGGGCGCCCAUAGGACCCCCUGUAAAGGACAAAUUAGGAUCUCCAUCCACUGAAUCAGAAGACGGGGGUGGUGACAUUGCCGAAUUGGCAGCUGAAUUAGAGUUAGACGAAGCAGACGGACCAAGCACUAAUGGUGAGCGUCAAGCCGUGCUGGCCCCGCCGGAGACUGAAUGGUACCACGGCCGUCUAGACAGGUAUACAUCUGAGGAGCGUCUGUGGGCUGCCAGCAAACAAGGAAGCUACUUGGUGCGUGAGAGUGAUCGUAAACCAGGAUCAUAUGUUCUGAGUUAUUUAGGACGCACAGGAAUUAAUCACUUCAGGAUAACAGCAGUGUGUGGAGAUUACUACAUUGGAGGUCGACAGUUUGAUUCUUUAACUGAACUUGUGGGCUUCUACAGUCACUGUUCUGACUUAUUGAAAAGAGAACGACUGGUAGAGCCAGUACCACCACCAGAACCAGUGAACGAUAAGAAGAGGGUUGUUGCAAUUUUACCUUAUACAAAAAUGCCCGACACUGAUGAAUUGACUUUUCAAAAGGGCGACAUCUUUUUUGUACAUAAUGACAUGGGUGAUGGAUGGCUCUGGGUCACAGCUCAUAGGACCGGUGAACAGGGAAUGAUAUUUAGAGAGUUGGUUGAAGAUCUGGAUCCUUCUAUCGAUCCAAACACGGUAUUUUCGUGGUUCCAUCCAAACUGUACCAAGAGUGAAGCAGUUGACAUGCUAGUCAAGGCGGGCCCUGGAAGUUUCCUCGUCAGACCAUCUGAUAAUUCUCCAGGAGACUAUUCGUUGUUCUUUCACAUUAACAACCAGAUUCAAAGGUUCAGGAUUGAGAAGAAGGGCGUCAGGUACUUGAUGGGAGGUCGAACCUUUGAGUGCUUGGAUGCUGUGAUCAAUAGAUAUAGGAAAGAACAAAUUGUUGAAGGACACACUUUAGGUCAGCCGCUUAUUGCGGAAGGUCACACUAUCGAGCCCCAGCAAAGUACAACAGGGGCUGCAGCUGAAAAGAUAUAUGCAACGUUACGCGAAUGUCGAGAUCAGAUCGGUCUGAAAAAGACGAAAGGAAUCAAGCACUAUGGGUAUCUGAACAAGAAAUCUGACAAGGGUGCUAAAAAAUGGAAGCCUUUAUACUGUGUGCUAUUACAGGAAGGAACCGACACACAUUUGUAUUUUUACGAUUCGCCGAAAAGGACCAAACCAAAAGGACUCAUCGAUCUAUCAUGCGCAUAUCUUUACCAGGUUCACGAAUCACUUUGGGAAAAGGAGUUUUGUUUCCAACUCGUCGAACGUGCCCUGCCAUGUCUAUCUACACAUACAUUCUUGGCUGCCAAUACUGCUACUGAGGAGAGGGCCUGGAUCGAGGCUCUAAGACCUUUGUGUGUGCCGCAGCAAGCACGACACCAGUGCAAGGUGGGGCGCGUGUCGUGGGUGCGUUGGCUGCGCGUGCGUUGCCUGACGGCGCACCGGCUGCCCGCCCGCCUGGCGCCGCGCCCGCACCUGCGCGUGCUGCUGGGCGCCGCGCCCGUCGCCCGCACCCGCCCGCGGCCCUCGCCCGACCCGCACUGGGACGACGAGUUCUUCUUCGAUGAUAUGCCUCCAGAUGUAACGUCAUUUACAAUUACCGUUCAUAAUACAGGGAAAAGAGGAAAAGAGUCUGAAGUGGCUGAACUGACUAUAGAACUCGCAAAUUUGGCAAACGGUGAAGAAAUAGAAGAAUGGUAUCCCUUAGUAGGAAUGACUCCUAUUGGGGAGUGGGGAUCUUUGAGAUUGCGGAUAAGGUAUAUGCAAGAAUUAGUUAUGCCUCGUGAAGAGUACAACCCGCUUCGUCAAUUGUUGCUGGAACCGGGCAUUCCGGCUGUGAAGGCGUUAGCAGAUCUUUGCAGGACCGAUCGACAACCUUUGGCAACAUCGGUGCUGAACACGUUCGCGGAGUGCGGGCGCGGCGCGGAGCUGGCCCGCGAGCUCACGUGCGCGGAGGUGGCGCGCGAGGGCGACCACAAGACGCUGUUCCGCGGCGCCUCGCUCGCCACCGCCGUGCUCGACGAGUUCAUGCGCGCCCACUGCAAGCCCUUCCUACAGGCGGCGAUUUCGGAAACCAUUCAAAAGCUGAUUGAUUCUAAACAGACAGCAGAAUUGAAUCCCACUAAGAUGGAUUCACCCGACGACGCGUGUAACAAUGCUGAAUUUUUGCUUAUGAUUCUCGAUCAGAUUACCCUAUCAAUAUUUACUUCACCGGAAGCAUGCCCUAAGCCAGUCAGAUAUCUGUGCGGGUGUCUGCAGCGAGCCGCGGUCGCCAAGUGGCCCAAUGAACGCUUUGUACGCACCAGGGUCGUCUCAGGAUUCAUAUUCCUGCGGCUGAUCUGUCCGGCGCUUGUAGAGCCGCGAGCGUGGACGCUGGUGCAGCGGGCGCCGCCCCCGCACGCUCAGCGCUCGCUGCUCAUGGUCGCCAAGUGUCUACAGAACCUCGCGAACCUCGUCGAGUUCGGAGCCAAGGAACCUUACAUGGAAGUAGUGAAUCCGUUCAUCUUAAAGAACAAAGAGAGGAUGGUCGUCUUCCUAGAUCAACUGAGUAACGUGCCAGAUCCUGGAAAUUCGCCGCCCAAUUCUAAUGUCAAUUUUGAAAUCGCGAAAGAGCUAGCGACUCUCCAUCAUAUUUGUGUGGCGCAUUUGACUGAGCUUCAAGGAUUGGCUAAGAACCAACCGGCGAUACGUAAACUUGUCACCGUGACCGAGAUGCUCACUAAACAUAAGCAAAAAUAUCUAGAGAUGAUCAGAUAAAAUUUGCGUCAGAAGACAGGGUAAAGCUGCGAGACCUCGGAUAUUAUUAACUGUAGGAAAUAGAUACAGGCUUAGCAAUAAAGACUUCCGUACAGUUUUAGAUGCGUAUCUUAGUCAUUUUAGCUUUAUUUAACUUUUUUAUAACUACCUACGUAUUCUAAAAUUGUAUUUCAAGCUUUCGGUGCCAAAAGAUUUCUUUUUCAAAGUUUCCAGAUGUUAAAUCGGGAAUCUUGUUAUGGAAUUACUAUAUCUUACGUUUUAUUUAAAUAUUUUAAAUGUAUUUGUAAUCAGUAUGUCAAUAGUAUAAUGUUAGGUUGUAUUGGUAAUCGAAAUGCUCUCUUACUUUAGAAUAUAAUUUAUUUUUAGGCUUGUUUUCGAUUUUAGCAAUCUUUAUUUAUAAAUUACGAAUCCCAGAAAAUUUAUUAACAUUCAGAAGACUCGUUUGCAAGAGAAAUAAUCCUCAUUGAAAUUUCGUAUUUCAAUAAAGACUUAGAAAACGUUACCAAAUGUGUAUAAAUAGAAAAUGCUUUAAAAAAAAAAACUUAGAACUUGACCAUAGAAUAUUAACCUUUUAUAAUUAGGCAUUCUAAUCGAUUUGUACUUUUAUAUUUGAAAAUAAUAAGUAUGUAGAUUUUGUGUAAGACUUUUGAAAAAUUAUAUGAAUGAAUGAACAAAAAUCCGUAUUGUGAUGAUAAAAAAGUAAAAAACGAAAAUAUAUACAUGCAUGCAAUUAAGGUGCAAUACAAGAUGAUUUAAUUUUUUCCUGUAUAAAAGAAAGUGUGUUGAUAAACAUUUGUAGUUUGAUUUGAAUAAAUAAAUGUGAAUAGGCACUAUAUAUUUAAACAUUGCACACAUAUUUUGUUUCUACAAGAUUGCGCUCUAUUCAUUUUCUGCUAUGAUUGAAUUGAUUGAAGAUUUAUUGUCAGAAUGUAAUUAAACUCAGAAAAAGCUCAUCUAUUAUUAUUGUAAAAGUGUGCUGAUACUUUAGCAAUCAGCUCAACAAAUGUUUAGGGUUUGCGUUUCGCAUCACGUAGUUGCCCCUUAAGGCAUCAACAUAGAAUCUUGUUUAGCAUUUCUAAGGUCAAAAUGACUAGUUUUCCUUGCUUAUUAAACGUGAGUAGUUUGAAUACCAUUCAUUGAGAAUAUGAUCUUCCCUUGUUUAGUACCUAAAUUUUGUUUAAAAAUAAAUUUUAAAAUUUUAAUCUUCCAUAAUCUUGCUCAAAAAUGUAUUUAAAAACAUGUCUAGUGCCAUAUUAUAAUCUGUACUUACUAAUGCACUGUGCUUUUCAAAUCACAGUAUAACGUGACGAAAUGAAUACAGUAAUACUUUGCUUUGCAUAGACCAUAAAAGCGUAAUUAAAAAAAAAACCUGAAUAUUUAAUUUAAUGGUUGCAUUCUGAAUUAUUCACAACGACCAUCGGUAGUCUCUUUUCUUUACUCAUACAAAGUGGACUAGUUCGAUGAUUUUUUUAUAGAUUUUGAAUUUUAGUAAUGAAAAUAUAGUGAUAAUAGCCAUAACUUGUGGUAUUACUGUACACACAAUCAUUGUAUUUGUGUGCCGCCGCUUCGUACUGAUAAACGGUAGUAUUUGUAAUGUAAUAAAGCAGGCUGAUUAAUUGCCUUUUUACAUGUGUAGUGAUAGUUCGGCUAAAAUAUGUAUAUUCUAGUAGCAAAUUAGGAUUGUAAGUGUGUUUGUAACAGUUAUAGUUGAUUGGGUAUAAUAAGAUCCGUUUUGUUUUUGUCAAAGUAUACAAUUUGUAAAUUACACAACGAUGACAUAAUCGAUCGACAGUGAGGCACGAAACCGCAAAUAUUUAUAUACUAUUUUAUAGGUAUCCUUUUUCCUUAAACUAGUGAAAUAGAUACUUCCAUAUUAAUUACUCUCUACUACUCUAUUAUUAAAUUAAUAUUAUAGGGUAAUGAGAGAAACAAGCAUUCAGAUUUUUUUGUUACAAUAUUUUAUAUUUAGAUAUCUACUGUUUUUUCUUCGUCUUUAAGUACAUCGAAACUUUCAAAACUAUCUGAAAUACCUACGUAGUAAUAAGCUGUAGGUAUAGAUUCGGUGAAUCGUCGCCGUACAUAGGUAUUACUUAGUUUUAUAUAGAACAAAAUUAGACUGAACAAAGAUCCGGUAAGAAGUUAGGAUACGAUAUAAUGGUCAAUAGAUUUUUCAGCAAAAUAGUGACAAUUUUUUUUUAGCUAUUGCAUAGAUUUUAUCGCGUGCCUUGACCGCGGCGAUCGAAUCAUGAAAUUCCGUAACGAAAAAAACCUUA